UUGGCGGUAGUAGUCCUCAGCAAGGUAGAUUAGAAGUAUUUUAUAAUGGAGAGUGGGGUACUGUAUGUGAUGAUGAUUUCAAUGAACUCAGUGCACAAGUUGUAUGCAGACAGCUAGGUAUCAGUGGAAUGGUACAAUUCCAUGCAGAAGCCUUGCCUUUUGGUCAAGGUAGUGGACAAAUCUGGAUGGAUGAUGUUUCCUGCGAUGGUACAGAAAGCUAUUUGGAACAGUGUAGUAGAACAGACUGGGGAGAUCAUAAUUGUGGACACAGAGAAGAUGUUGGGGUUACAUGUGGAGUGGAACUUCCUCCAACUAUAGAGCCUGGUACAUGUGGUAGCAAACCAGUACAGAGGCUAGGACCAUCUUUACGUAUUGUUGGUGGGGAACAGGCAGAGCCUGGAGAAUGGCCAUGGCAAGUUGCACUCCAACUUAAAGGAUCUGGUCACUAUUGUGGUGCAACUGUUAUCAAUGAACAUUAUAUUAUUUCUGCUGCUCAUUGCUUUGAAAGGUAUGGAAAGGACAGUUUUACAGUUGUUGUUGGUGACCAUGACAACGAAAUGCCAGAGGGCAAAGAGCAAGAAUAUGACAUACAGUGUCUGACAUCACAUGAAAAUUAUAACUCUGAAACAACAGAUAAUGACAUCGCUUUGAUCAAAGUUGAACCAAAGAAUGGACGUGGUAUGAUCUUUACAGAUUACGUAAUGUCAGCUUGUCUUCCUGUUACUGACAUCCAAUUUCUUGCUGGACAUGAAUGUUGGACUUCAGGAUGGGGUAGUACAGGUAGUGAUUAUCCAGCCAAACUGAGAGAGGCAUUAACCCCUCUUAUAUCAACUACUGAAUGCAAUCGUCCAACUGGCUAUGCUGGUAAAGUGACAAACAACAUGUUAUGUGCCGGAUACAUGCGAGGUGGUACUGAUUCAUGCCAAGGUGACAGUGGUGGACCAUUGGUGUGUGAACGUGAUGGUGUAUGGACACUAUGGGGUGUCACUUCAUGGGGUUAUGGUUGUGGAAGUGCUAACUAUCCAGGAGUCUACACUAAAGUCGCUAACUAUGUUGCAUGGAUAAAUGACCAUAUGGCAACUGGUAGUUGCUAAGGAAAGAAAUAGUUUUUGUAUUUCUUAUAUACUGUAGAUUUGUUUAUUUUGAAAAUCUUGCUAGAAAUAUUUUAAUUUGAAA